AUGUACUUGACCCGUCUAGUUUACAAUCUUGGUAUGUUUUUUUGUUGAAGAUUUAAAAAAAUUGAUAAAACUGUUUUUGCUUUUUUUUUAAUUUUUGAAUGCGUAGAGGACUUUAUUUACCAAUUUAUUUGUAUGAAUGAGAGGAUGAGAACGUCAGUUUCAUUGAUAGAAAUGAAAAGAAAACUCGUCUUUUUAGGAUUUUAUCCCACGCAUUUUUUUAAUGACGGAGACGUUUUUUCUGCCAAAACGGACUUUUUUGUCGAUUUUUAGCUUUUUUUAGUUAUUCUAUAGUUGAUUUGAAGAGUUUUUGUUAUGUUUUAAGGCCCAUAAUUCUUUCGAGACUGAAAUUGAAGCUGAAAACGGCUCUUCGUUUCAAAAACUUUAUAAAAUUCGUUAAUGCACUUUUUAAUACUCCAGCUUUAAACUUUGAAUAACCUGUGACAAUUUGUGUCCCGAAAUUGGGUUUUAUUGAAUAAUUUUGAUAGAAAAAACGCUUUUUUUACACGAUGGCCGUUAUUCUCAUUCAAAAUAUAGACUUUUUUAAAACGUUUACUAUUUCUCAGCUCGUCAGACAAUGCCGUGCCGCCCGCUUGUGCUUUCUGGACCAUCCGGAGGCGGAAAAAGCACGAUUCUGACCAGAGCCAUGAAAGAAUACCCGGAGAGCUUUGCUUUCAGUGUUUCACGUUAGUUUUUUGGAAAUAUUGUGAUUUUGGUUCAUUUAAUGUUUUUUUCAAAGUUAUUCCGCAAAGUUCAAAAUAGAUAAUGAAAUUUAUAGAGUCAAGGGUAAUUUUGAACUCUGCGAAAAUUACAAGGAAUACUGGAUAAUAAGAAUUUUGAUGUUUUGAAACAAAUUUUUUUCAGGAAUUUUAUGAUAUGCUUUUUGUUUUCAAUGUAAGUUUACUCGUGUGAAUUUUUUUGUAAACUUCAAAUUUUUUUGAUAAAUUUAGAGUUGAAGUUGAAAAAAAUGCUUUUUUUCUGAUGUUCUCCAUUCGAAUGGUAAUCAUAAAAAAAUACAAAAAAAUUGAAAAAUUCAGAUUUUCACAUAGAAUAACUUUGAAAGUUCAAUUUUUUUAUCAAAUAUCGGUUUUUUUCAUGUUUUUUUAGCCGAUUUUGUACAUAAUAUCGAUUUUCAGGGUUAAAAAAAUUUUUUUUUAUUCAAUUUUUUUGAAGAAGUCCUUUGAUUCUUUGAAUGAAAACCAUUUUCAAAGAAAUAUCCCGGAAUUCAAAUUUUUUUCUAUGGCUCUCCAAAAAUCUAGUUAUCUUUUUCUUUCUCUGACCAUAGGCAAAGUCGGAAAGGGUGGAAAAAGGUUCCAUAGAAAUUUUUUUUUUUUUUGCUGCCUUUUUACGCCAUUUCAUCGGCUAUUAUGCACCAUUUUUGCUUCCUAUCCCUUUUUCCACCAUUUCUUGAGCCGUUGAAGUUCUAGAAAAAAUGGAAGGCUCGAUAAAGGGACCCUUUUUGCUUCCUUUUUUGAGCCUUUUCCUUUUUGCGGCCAUUAUCCACCAUUCCGACUUUGCCGGAGCGCAAACUUAGAAAAUUCUCUCUGACUCUCCAAAAUCUAGUUAUCUUUUCCUUUCUCUGACCGAUAUUUUGAACUUCGCGGUUUCACUCUGAACACGGCAUUACAUAUUUUAAUUCCCAAGCUUCAAAAUUGGGAUUUUUCGGAUAUUUUCUUGAUCUCAAAGAAGAAGCUUAUGAUUUUUAGAUACGACGAGACAGCCGCGGACCGGGGAGAUCCACGGAAUCCAUUAUUAUUUCACGGAGCGGGCGGAAAUGGAGCAAAUGAUAAAUUCCGGCGAAUUCCUCGAACACGCACAGUUUGGCGGAAACAUUUAUGGGACUAGGUUCACGAAAAAAUGAAUUUUCCUUCAAAAAUUAAUGAAAAAUCCAGCAAAACUUCCGUGGCCAAUGUCGAAAAUACGGGCAAGAUUUGCGUUCUCGACAUUGAAUUGCAGGUUUUUAUCGAUUUUUUGUAAGAAAUUGUUUGAAAUUCCAUUUUCAGGGCGUGAAAAAUAUCAAAAAUAGCCAUUUAAAUGCACGGUACAUCCUCAUUCGCGCUCCGUCGCUAAAAAGCUCUCGUUGGUUUUUCUCAUUUUCAGGGUUUUUUUAAGGUUAAAUUAAAAGAUAUUUUUUUAAGGUUAAAUUUAGGAUAUUUUAAGGUUAAAUUUAGGAAUUUUUUUAAGGUUAAAUUAAAAGAUAUUUUUUUAAGGCUAAAUUUAGGAUUUUUAAGGUUAAAUUCGGAAUUUUUUUAAAAGGUUAAAUUUAGGAUAUUUUCAAGGUUAAAUUUAGGAUAUUUUUAAGGUUAAAUUUAGGAAAUUUUUAAGGUUGAAUUUAGGAUUUUUUUAAAUAUUAAAUUAAGAAUUUUUUUAAGGUUAAAUGUGAAGAAAGCGGAUUUUUUUCAAAUUUUAGCUGUAUAAUUUUUCAACCCCUGAAGCUCAUAGAACACCUGGAAAAAGUCGUUUUUUUCAUUUUUUUAUAUGGUAAAUCUUGCUUGAGAAAAAAAUAAGAAGAUUUUAAUUGUUAAUCACAAAAAAAUCAACUAUUUUCAUAGAAUUUUUUUAAAAAUUUAAUAUUGUAAAUUAUAUAGAUAUAUGUCCGAAUUUUCCUGAUGUCUAGCAUAUAUAAAUGAUUUUUUUCAGAAAAAUCCAAUUUUCCAACUGGAAAAAUAAUAAAAAAAUGAUAUAAUUUACAUGAAAAAAAUGUCGGGAAUUUUCCAUUUUUUUCAGCCGAAAUUUUAGAUUUUUUUAGAUUUUUUUAUGUCAAAUUUGGAUUUUUCUGAGUUGAUUGAUUUCUGAAAAUUCUUAGGAAUUGGGAGAAAAAAAUAAGAUUUUUUUAAUCACAAAAAAAUCAAAAAAACUUUAUAAAUUUUUGGAUAACAGCUGUAAUUCGGGAGAUAUUCCGUUUUUUUAUUAUUUCAGAACUUAAAAAAACUGGUUCAAAAAAAGACUUUUUGUAGUAAUUCACAUUGAAAAAAAGUCAAGAUUUCUUCAUUUUUCAGCCGAAAUUUUGGUUUUUUUCCAUGUCAAAUUUGGGUUUUUUGAGUUUAAAUUUUUGAAUAGUUCAUUUUCCAGCUCAUAUUGGAUUUUUUCAGGAAGAACGGCUCAGGGCACGUGGCACAGAAACCCCGGAAACGCUGGCCAAACGGCUAAAACACGCCGAGGAAGACUUGCGCGAAGGUUAGGAAUCAUGUGGAAAACAGGUGCAAAAUGGCCGCUAAAAGGGUUCCGUUUUGCGGCUUUUAUUGAGCCUUUUUUUCUUGGUGGGUAAAGAAGCAUCAAAAAAGGUGCAGAAAGGGUGAAAAAAGGGUGCAAAAAGGGUGGAAAAAGGGUAGAAAAAGCAUGCAAAAAGGUUGCAAAAAAGGUGCUGAGAGGCUCGGCUAUUGAUAAUUUCCGAUUUUAUUACUGUAGCACAUUUUUCUUCACACACAGUCACUGUAAAAAAAGAUUAUUCUCAAUUUAAAAAAUGUUGUAAAAGGGCCAAAAAAGGGUGGAUAAAGACCGAUAGAAGGAUCGAUUUUAUAGUUUUUAUUUUAUCAUGAUGUCUCCAAAAUCAGAAAAAAAUCUGAUAGAAGAAUAUAAAUGAAGCUCGCGAAACGUAGAACUCCCUGGAUAUUAUGUUUUUAACUUCAAAAAAUGUAUCGCCAUCAUUUUAACACAAAAAAACAAACGUUAAUUGAAUGAAAAAACGUGACCUUGCGAAAAUCUGCUUGGUUUUUUUUUACAUAUUCCAAUGGAUGACGAAGUGAAGAACAUUUCGAAAAUUCAAGUUAAGAUUGGAAAAAAAAACAGGUUGUUUAAGAAAUGGUGUAAAAAUAAAAAUAAUAUUAGGAUCAAGAAAAAACUUUUUUCCCCACUGCCAAAGUCGGGAGUGCGGAAAAUAUGAGCAAAAUGGCCUCUAAAAGGGUUUCGUCUUGCGGCUUUUAUUGAGCCUUUCUUUCUUGGUGGGGGUAAAUAGGGUGAAAAAAUGGUGAAAAAAAGGGUGCAAAAAUGUUUCAAAAAGGUUUAAAAAAGGUUGCGAAAAGGGUGCUGAGAGGCUCGGCCAUUGAAGAUUUCAGAUUUCAUUACUGUAGCAUAUUUUGGUUCAUACACAGUCCCUGGUAUUUCUCUAAAAAAUUUCUUCAAAAUGGUCCGAAAAGGGUGCAAAAAGGGUCUAAAAAGGGCCCAAAAAGGGUGGAUAAAGGCCGAUGAAAGGACGGAAAAAGGCAGUAGAAAGGAAACCGUUCCCAUCCGUUUAAGAACAUUUAAUGGUAACUUUUUGGACCCAUAACGGACGUCUAAAGGGUCCUUCCAACUUUGCCUAUGAUUUUCCAGCUUUUCCAAAAAGAAAUGAAUUUUUUCCAGUCGAAAAAGACCCGACGCUUUUUGACGUGGUCAUCAUCAACGACGACUUGGAACGCGCCUACAAGCAGUUCAUCGACGCGAUCAAGGACGAUCUCAACCAGACCAUUUGUCAAUAA